AAGUGACCAAUUUGUUUUCAAAAAAGUGAACAAUCAAACUUCUAAAGUCCGACGGUUAUCUUCCAAAUAGCAGACUGACCUGUUUUGAUUUCUCUCUUUUACAUUUACUUAUUAAAUAUGCCUGAAGGUUUCCAAGUUGAUGUAUCAAAAGCUGUUGGACAUAAAUACAAGCCUGAAAUUGUAGCUUGCACUCGUCGUGACUACAUACUUUAUGCAUUAUCCGUAGGCGUACAUGAAGACGAGUUACGGUGGUUGUAUGAGCUUGACGAUAACUUUGGCCCUUUACCUACUUAUCCUCUCUGUCUCCUACUCAAAAACGAUCACUGGGACGUCAACUCAUUUAUGGAAAGAUGGACAGCAGGAGGUCCACUCCCAGGGAUGCCUCCAUUUGAUUUUAACAAAAUCGUCCACGGUGAACAGUCUUUUGAGGUCAUUGCACCUUUUCCUGUAGAAGGUGGUCGAUUUAAAACGAUAAAAACUUGUGUGGGCGUUUACGACAAAGGAUCAGGUAUGGUCAUUGAUUCUGUAGUUGAUCUGUAUGGUGAAAAGGAUGGUAUGCAUUACUGUCGUAUGGGUGCAAAGAUGUUUGUUCGUGGUUAUGGUGGAUGGAAUGGGCCAAAAGGACCAACGCCUAUUAUAUAUAGCCCUCCUAAAGGUUGUGCUCCAGAUGUGAUAGAUACAUUUGUAACUCAAAAAAACCAAGCAUUAUUGUAUCGUUUGUCAGGAGACUUCAAUCCACUUCACGCCGAUGUCAAACUAGCCCCAAUGGUUGGCUUUCCUCGACCAAUCUUACAUGGUCUCUGCUCGUACGGCAAAUGCGCUCACGCAAUCACAAAGUACUUUGCUGAUAAUGACCGUACUCGUUUCAAGUCAAUCGAAGCUAGGUUUGCUCAACCUGUAUUUCCUGGGGAAACAGUCGAGAUUCAUAUGUGGAAGACAGAAUCCCAUGAUACAAACUUGAUUGCGGUUGUAUUUCAAGCAAGAGUCAAGGAAAGAGAUGCUAUUGUACUCACAAAUGGAUAUGCAACACUUUACAAGAACAGAAAUAAAUCAAAGUUGUAAUAAAGGCCUUUUUUCAUCAAAGCCUUUGAGAUAUCAGACUGAACCAACCAAGUGUUUGUAUUGAUUGUCAACCUGGAUUGAGAUAUCGCAUAAUAAAAGUGAUUUCUCUUUUUUGAAAGAUGAUUUUCGCCCAUAAUGAUACUGUACUGUUUUAUUAAAAAUAAAUUU